UCCUUUUGAUAAUUCUUUACAGCCUUCCAGCUGGUGUGCAUGUGGGUCGUUCAAAUAUCAAGUCAGUGGCCGAAAAACGUCUACCUCUAAUACAACGUUUCCUAAAAUCACUUUUCGAUGCAUCCGAAGAGAUAGCCCAUUCCGAUUUAGUCUAUACAUUCUUUCAUCCACUGCUGCGAGAUCAGCAGGAGGCCAAAUUGGAGAUGCCAAAGAUUAAGGAGGUUAAACGUCAACCAUCUCGCGAUAAUCCCAAUGAAAUUGGCCAAAUACGUUUAUCGCUGCAAUAUCAACGCGGCGUACUUACUGUGAUGAUACACCACGCCAAAGGACUGCCCAUGCUACAGGGUGGUCAGGAGCCAAACACCUAUGUCAAGUGCUACCUGAAACCGGAUCCCAAAAAAGAAACCAAACGCAAGACCAAAGUUGUGCGCAAAACUUGUGUACCCAGUUUUAUGGAAACGCUUGAAUAUCGCAUGCCAUUGAAUAUUAUUCAGGAGCGACGUCUACAGGUCACCGUCUGGUCGCAUGAUACGCUGCAAGAGAAUGAACUUCUUGGUGGCUUUGAAUUGGAUCUAUCGAAACAUGAUUUACGUCAGGAGCUUUGCGAUUGGCAUCGUCUGGGAUCGGUGGCCAGAAACUAAAACUAGCAAUGUGGCCUAGGUCUAGCUAUAGGAAAUUAUAAUAACAUCUCCCCCCCUCACCCAAAUGAAAAAAAAAACCUUAUUAUAACAUCUUUGUGCCUGUUGUCGUCUCAACGCAAUAAUACUUAUUUUAAAAGUGA